AAUGAGUCAAGAUCAAGGUCAGAGUGAGGAGAUUGUCAAAACGAUUCAAAACUUGGUUGAAAAUGAGGAGGUUUUGCGUGCUAAAAUUUCAUUUGCAACUAUUGUUGAACAGAAAAUGAGCGAGAGAUUGGAACAGCUUCGUGUUUCCAGAAAAGAGGAGAAUGCCAAAAUGGAAGCUCAAAAGAAACAAAUUGAUGUUUUGGAGAAAGCUCGUUAUUAUGCUGUGUGUCAUGAACAUAAGUAUGAUUUUAGAAUUAGAUUUAAGCUUCAAAGCUCCUUUUUCAGUGUUGGAACCGAACUGAAACGUAAGCGGACUGUUAUGGGAGAAUUUAAAAAGCUGGUUGAGAGUAAUAGUGCGGCGGAUCUGUCCUCGGAGCUUUGCGAAUUGGAGUUAAUUAAAGAAGAUUUUUGUAGUCAAAAGGCUCGCGCUCCAUGGCUUCCUGAAAAACAGGCAAUUUUGGGAGAAUUAAAAGUGCAUGAAAACGAAUUGGUUCGUCUUCAAAAUGAAAUUACUCGUACUAAUGGACUUAUUUCUGAACGUGAGGAUUUAUUGGCAAAACACAAGCAGCUUCCAUUCAAAAAUUUUUGUGUUACUUUGGCGAAUUAUUUGCAUAAGACUAGACAAAUGGAUAAUGCAAUGAAGAAUGAGUUGAAAAUUCAGGAAACGCUUUUGGAAAAGACAAAAAGAUUGGAGCAUGAGGCGAUCCAAAAAGUUCCGGGGAUUAAUCAAGAUGAGGAAAUUGAUGUUGUUAAUGUUCAGGAAGUUGUUGAGAAGGCUCCAGAAUCUAAUGUUGAACGUGUUGUGAAUCACUCUCCUGCUGUUACAAACCAUUCGCCUGCAAUUACUGUUAAUCAAUCUCCUGUGGUUAUCAAUCAAUCUCCUGCAACGGCCAAUUCAUCGAAAAUUACUCAGCGAUCAAAAUUUACUCCGGACCCAAUUGAAAAACACAUGAAUACGCCAAAUAGAUCUGUUACGGAUAUUAUACAAACUGGGACAAAUGAUGAGCAAGCUAAUAAUGUGAUUGAACAAGAUGAUGAUCUUCUGAUGCAUUUUAAUGGAAUUGAUGUUUUUCAAACUGGUGGUAAUGAAGAAGGUGAUGAUAUUAUGCCAGCAGGCGGUGCCGGUGAAUUGUUGCGGAAAGACAGUCUAUUUGAUGAGUAUGCUUUAGAAGACCAAGAAUCAGAAAAAUCACUGGAGAACUCAAAUCUUUUGUUAGACUGGUGGUGUUACGUCAAUUUUUUGACAUGUCCAAUGUAUAAAGGAGUACAGACCAAAAAUAUAUUGACUAUAGCUAGUAUUUUUUCAUUUCAACAACAACAAAAUUCCCAUCAAAUGUAUGCUGAAUGUCAACUUGAAAGUAUUCAACAUAUUCAUGCUUUACGUACUGAAUUAGAAAAUUCUUUAAUUUCUGAUGAUUCUCCUAUUGAUUCUGAACGGCGACAGCCACAACAACUUCGUCAAUUAAGAACUGUAUUUCGAUCGGAUGAGGCUGUACAUAUUCAAUUUUCGGGUCCAAUAAUUGAGGAGGAGCAACAACAGACCUCUCAUCAUCACCAACAAAAUAUUCGCCCACCAUCUUCUUCAAGAUUUACUGUUUCUCCAACCCCACCAAAUGCUUUGCCUUCAUUUGCUUCAAGUAUUGAAAAUAGAAAACAGGCAUUACAUGUAUUAAUUGCUAAACCAAUUUUUGAAGCGGAAGGCAAAAAAGAAGUUGUGGACGUAAAGAACAAAAAAAUUCCAACUCCAAAUUCAAUUGUUGUUCCACCACCCUCGCAAACAUCACAACAAUCAUCAACAUCAGCAUCAUCACCAGCAUCUUCAAUUGACUCCGGCGUAGCUUCUCCAGGUUCUUGUGCUGAUGAAUUUUUACUUUUUGGUGGUGGGACUAAUGGCCCAUUUUGCCAACUCAAUCGACAACAUAGAAAUUCUUUACCAAAUCCUUUGGGUCCUUUUGAAUCCCAAACACUUCCAAAAGCUAGAGGAGGACGUGUUUUUAAUUUUACUACAACGACAACAACAAAUAAAUGUGAUGGUGGAGGAUUUUCUUCUUUAAUUGAGGCUUUGUCUUUACUGCCAGGUGCUCAUAUAAAUGAAGAAGGAGAGUGUAAAACAAAUAGCGGAAAGGGAGGAGAUGUCAACAACAAACCUUUUGAGUUGCAAAAUCCUCCGAUUGGAAAGAUUUUUGGGAGGAAAAUUUUUAUUUUGUUAAGGUUUUUGGGAGAAUUAUAUUUUAUUUUUUAGGGGUUCUGAGGGAAAAUUUUUCUAGUUUUUUUUUGUGCAAAUUUUUUUUUAUUUUUUAGAUUUGGGAAAAAUUUUUUAAGGUUUUUAGGGGGAAAUUUUAGCAAAAGAAAUUUUAAGUGACGUGAUUUUUGUUUUUGUAAAUAAAAAAUAAAUUUAUGAAAAUUUGUA